CCGCACGAGCAGACGAACCCAAACCCAUGUCCUGGCCCGGGGAGACGCUGGCCAAGGAGGGGCUUUUCCACGGCGCGCCGCCUCCAGAUCGAGCGCGCUAGGGUUUGCUCCGCCGCCCCGCCGCCACCGCAGCCGCCGAUGGCCCAGCGCUGGCGCUCGAGGGCGCGGCGGGACCCGGACGUGGACGACGACGACGUCGGCGGCGGCUCCCCGCCCUCCCGGCGCCCGCGCCGGGGCGGUAGCGGCGACGAGGAGAGGAGGAAGGAGGACGACGACGUGGGUAACGAGGACCUCAGCCUGGAGAUCGUCGCGCGCGCGCGGCGGAAGCGGCACGGGGCUUCCGGCGGCGGGACCCCCGGGCUUGCCGACCUGCUGCAGGUGUCCUCCGGCGACGAGGAGGCCGGCGAGGACGCCGUGGUGGAGCUCGGCGAGGCGGAGGAGCCCCGGAGGAAGCAGAGGAAGAAGCACCGGAAGGAGGCGGCCGAGGCUGCAGCGGCGGCCGCCACUUCCGCCCCCGGCGAGGAGCAGCAGGAGGUUGGUGGCACUCAGCAGGGACCUAUUGGGAUAGCAGAAUCGGUGCUAACUGAAGAUGGGGCUGAUGUCCCUGCAUCUGACAACAUGGUUCUGCGGAAGCUCCUUCGCAUACCGAGAUACUUCGAUCCUGGGGAAUCAUUGUUGGAGACUUGCUAUAAUUGUAGCGAGGAAGGACAUGUGGCCGCAAACUGCCCAAUGGAAAAGCGGAAGAAACCUUGCUUUGUUUGUGGGUUGUUUGGGCACAAUGCAAAGCAGUGCACGCAGGGUCAAGAUUGUUUCAUCUGCAAAAAAAGAGGUCAUAUGGCGAAAGACUGCCCUGAUAAGCACAAGAGGAAUGAUCAUCAAUCCACUUUGUGUUUAAGAUGUGGAGAAAUAGGUCAUGAUAUGUUUGGAUGUACCAAUGAUUACCCACCAGAUGAUAUUAAGCAAAUAAGAUGCUAUGUGUGUAAUCAGAAUGGUCAUCUAUGCUGUUUUGAUGUCGCUGACAAUUGCCCCAACAAUUGUGCCAAAUCUGGUCAUUCUGGUCUGGGAUGUGCCAAGCAACGUAGGGAAACUAGCGCUAUCUCAACUCCAACCGAGUGCUACAAAUGUGGCGAGGAAGGCCACUUCGCACGUGGCUGCACAAAGAAUGCCAAGCCCAAUCUGUUCGAGGGCGGUUACAACAUUGCAGAGCUUUACCGGGAGCGCGAGGACUGUGAUGACAAGGUCGCGCUGACUUACGCUACGUUCUGCUGGAACCGAAAGUUGGAGCUCAGCGGAAAGAAAGGCAUGGAGGUCUACGAUAUUUGUUAUUUCCACAAAGGCAAGGUGGAGUCGUUUGACAAAGAAAGGCUCGAGGACCAUUGCAUGAAGGACCAUGGCGGUUGCUUCCUCUGCUAGAGAAAAGGAUGCAUCGUUACGUGUGAGACUCUACGCAAGGCUGGUCUACACUGUCACUACCUCCACGAGCAGAGCUCCAGAGAUUGGUGGUGCCAUCUCUUGGAACAACACGGGAUCGAUGUUUGAGAUACAUUGACUCUUAAACUUACUGACUGUGAAUCCGAUCCGUGUACUUGACUGCUAUUGCUAUGUGUUUGUGUAUGCAUUUGAUCAUAGGUUAACUCUUA